CGGCACUGGGCACCCAGCACAGUCGAUGAUCCACUGUCGCCUCCCUCACCUUUUCCUCCCCUGAAAACCCCCGACCACCAGCACCGCAAUGUCCACCGUCGAGGAGGUCUUGGUUGAAGAAUCCACCACCCAAAUCAUCUCCGGCGGCGAUCCCUCCCGCCCCGUCGCCCGAUCUGCCCACUUCCUGCUGCCCCGUGGGGACAGCGCCCAUCCCCCCGCCCUACCAUUAGCCCCCUCCCCCGAUGCCGGCCCUGUUCUUGCCGACGAGCUCCAGGUGGAGUUGAGCGGCUGGCCCGGCACAUCGAAGCAGUGGAGGCGGUGGGUCGCCAAGCUCCGGCCGCGGCACGAGCUGCUGUGGCGGAAGGUCCGGAUCUUGCCCGCCGUUCUUGCAACCACGAGCUGGGUGCGGCGGGACGAGGGCCUGCUGCUCCAGCUCGCGCCCUUCUGGUCCGCCGACACCAGCACCUUCGUCUUCCCGUGGGGCGAAGCCACGGUGACGCUCCAGGACGUGGCCGUGCUCGGGGGGCUUCCCCUGCUGGGCCACUCCAUUGGCUCGCGGUCUGACGAAUUCCGCAGGGACGUGGACGCGCUCGAGGCCGUCCGGAUCUUACUGAACCGGAGCAAGUGCAAGAAAGCCAGUUAUGCCGCCUGGGCUAAGCACUUCGCUGAGCAGCCGACGGAGGACGACGACGGCAGAUUGCUCGAGCACGGCGCGUUUCUGGCCAUGUGGUUGUCAAGGUACGUGUUUCCGGCGCCGCCAUUCGACGUGGUCCGGCCGGAGGUGUUCCCUAUCGCUGCCCGACUGGCUCGCGGCAAGUGCGUCGCCCUCGCGCCGGCCGCGCUCGCCAGCGUUUACAAGGACCUCUCCGCCCUCAAGCACUACCUGAGCUCGGGCAAGACCCAUCGGCGGUUCCUGGGCUGUGCCCCGCUGCACAUCCUCCAGCUAUGGGUCUGGGAGCGGUUCCCGGAGCUUCGUCCCGAGACCAAGAGCACGUCUCGCCGUGAUGAUCCUGGCGCGCCCAGGGCUGCCCACUGGCACAAUGUUAAAAAGGCGCUACAUCCUAGCUACGUCCACUCAGUGUUCAUGUCACCGGAUGAGUUUGACUGGAGGCCUUAUGAAGGUACUAGCUUUGCUCUGCUGCAAGCCAAAGCUGGCUGCUGGGUGCACGGUCAAGAUAUAGCAGAGAGUAAGGAAUUGCUAUCCUUUGCGCAGUGUCUGCGGCCUUGCGAGCUUGUCGGCAUGGGAUGCAUUGAGCAGUACUGCCCACAUCGUGUUGCAAGGCAGCUGGGCUUCGAUCAGGACGUACCUAGGACCGUCGCCCGUGUCAAGUCAAGCCGAAAGGCUGCGUGGGCAACAUACAAGAUGCAGCCUAAAAAUAUUACCUUCUUCAUUCCACAAUGUGAUCCGGGUGUGACUGUUGCAUAUUCACAGUGGUGGAAUCCUUACUUGUCGACAAGUGCUGCUGCUGUUGCUAAUGCUGCAAGGAUGAAACAAAUUCAUGUUGAGGUUAGUCCCAGAAAAAGAAAAGCUCAAGAUCUUCCUGGUGUAGAUUCUUGCAAAGAGCGUCACCCAAAGGCCGGGAUGAUUCUGCCUGAUGAUACAGAGGAUCCACAGGACGAGAUUCCGCUAGCGGAGAGGCUCAAUAGCAUCAUUCUAAUGACACAUAAGCAGGAUGCGGAGAGGCAUACCUUGAAAGACAGGGAGACUCUCAAAGAGAAUUCAGAAACUCUCAAGGAUUUUGUGCCAACAUGGACAAGAAAAGGUAGACGUAAGGUAGUUUUGCGCAAAGUUGCUGACCAAGUUUUUUCUGAUGCGGAGACGGUCUUGGUGACUGCAAUUGAUGAACCAUCCUGUGUGUCUGUUUCCAAGAAUGAACAUUGUAAAGAGCACGUAUCAGACUCUGUUAUGAUGCAUGAUGACAACAAUAUCAGCUCUGAACAUGGUGACGUUGAGGGUGCAGUGAGCACUGGCAGCAACAAAGGCAUUGGACCUGCAAUUGUAGUUGAUGUGCAUUCAGAUCUUCAAGAUAUCUUGGCGAUCAGUGAUGAUGAGUUGGAUCAAAUAUUCGGAAAGGAUACCGAGGUCACUGCAAUGUACCUGAAAUUAUCCAGGUUGGCGGUGACCAUAAACAACUCAGAUCAGCCAUAUGAGGAACGACACGUGGUCACAGUAAGUAGAGAUGAGCAGGAGGGCACAAAAUUGAAGGAUAUCAUGGCGGGAAACAAUUGUGAUUAUGAGCUUGCUACUGUCCAAAGUGAUACAACUCUCAUACGAGGACCAGAUGGAGUAACUCGUGUCAUCAAUGUUAAGACCAAUGUUGAUGUCUUACAAGCAUCCAUUGAUGAAAUGCAGACGGACAAUGUUACAAAAGAGCAAGAUCAGAGAGUGAAGGUGGACAGAAAAAACUCUACUGUCUUGGAAGAAAACUAUGGUGCAUCUUCUGAUGGCCUAGCAAAUGGAAAUGGUGAGCUGGUGACGAGAGUAAUUUCUACUGAUACACUCUACUAUGUUACACCAUUUGAGCGGGUGAAAGAUGCUAAGAUCAGAGAUUCAAGAGCCACAAAUGCAGUUCAAGGAGAUUUUCAGCCAAGACGUGAAGUAGGAACAAAGGAACUGAUUAGAGAGGUGUCCGAAGCUCGAGAAGCAGAAAAGGUUGAGUUGGAGGCAAUAGUUGAUCGUUUGAAGCAACAGCUUGUGGCGCUAGAAGGUGCAGGGACAAAAAGAAGCUAUAGACCCUGAGGUAUAUAACUUAACAUAACAUAGUUGUGGGUGAAU